GCUCGAAGGCCUGUUAAUUGCGUUGGCGGUCUCGCCAAUGGUAUCCGCUACGGACCCCUUCGCGCUCUGGCCAGGUUUUGACAUCGUUUCAGUUGCAGCUCUUGCAGAGUCUCUUCCUUCACACUCCUGGGAAUUCGGCACCGCCUCUGAGGCACUUCUUGAGCUCUACAACCCAAAUAUAUCCAUCUAUGGCGAAGAUCCUUUACCAGCCGAAUCAUACUCUCCUUCAUCUGUUAAAGCGCUCUCGUACGCCCAAGAGAAGAUUGUAUUGGGCGUUGGAGCUAACGGUUUGAGCGACGGUGAUGGUGCGGUUGGCGAUCCUGCGAGUCUGGGCGUGUUCGCUUGGUUGAUUGGCAAGACGAACGAGUCCUAUGCGAACGGAGCCCGGGACGAAAUCGAAUACAUGCUGGGACAGGCACCUAGAUGGGAAAAUGGUGCGAUUAGCCAAAGGACAGAUGUCGCUGAGCUUUGGAACGACUUCAUAUACAUGGCGCCUCCCUUUAUCGCAUACUAUGCUGCUGACACGUUUAACAUAUCGCUUCUCCACGAGUCAUACAAACAAUGUGGAUAUUAUCGCGAGGUGCUUCAAGCUACUAACAUUUCUAGUGAGUCAUAUGAUGGUGUAUGGAUGCAUAUCAUCGGACCGCAGAGUCAGGACGCUGGUUUGUGGAGCACUGGGAAUGGCUGGGCGGCUGGAGGAAUGGCUCGUGUAUUGGCGACUAUCAUGAAAGCACCAGCCGCCUCGCUCGCUUCGUGGCGCCAAGAAGCCAUCGAUGAUUUGACGAAGUGGAUCCAGGAAAUCGUUCAUGGCGUUAUGGGAUCUCCGACGACCGAAGGUCUUGCCCGGAACUACCUUGACGACGUAUGGGAAGACGGCCAUGGGUUUGGAGAGAUCAGUGGGACAUCGAUGAUCGCCUCUGUUAUCUAUCGCAUGGCGGUCUUGCAGCCUGAUAUCUUUAAUACGACGUAUAUAUCGUGGGCUGACGGUGUCCGUGGAACACUUUCGGGGACUGACUCCCAGGGAAACCCACACGUUACUACGAAUGGGACGGUUACGCCUGCCGUUAAUCCACUGGCGUGGCUUGAUACCGAGCCGUGGACUGCUGGAAGCCCGGAAGGACAGUGUUUUGUGGUUCUUAUGUAUGCUGCUUGGAGGGAUUGCGUUUACGCUGGAAAGUGCGAAAACGGCGAGAAUACAGAUAGUUAGAAUCGGCGGCAGAGGGGGCUAGGGAAGUUCAUACUCUGAUCAGGCGAACAUAAUGGUUUAUUGGACCAGAAGAAUUUCACUUCCCAUUAUAUUGCGUUUUCAUUAAUCC